UUCACUCUUUCCUGGAAAAACCUGAUCUCCUCCCCUUGAAAUCCCCUUUAUAUAAUCCCCUUCCUCCUCCUUCCUCCUCCACCUCUCCUAUUCACUCAGCUUAGUCCACAAGUUACAAACAAAACAAAAACCCUAACCGGGUAUCGAAAACUACAUUGUUUACCUAGCUUUUUGAUCGUCCUAAGGACAUGGAACUUGACAUUGCAGUUGAUUUCGAGGAUUACUUUCCAUCGAUGGUUGAGAGAUUGGGAGCUGAAGGGUUUAUAGGGGAGCUUUGCAACGGGUUCCGGCUGCUGAUGGAUGGCGAAAGAGGGCUGAUCACGUUCGAGAGCUUGAAGAGGAACAGCAUUGUGUUGGGGUUGAGUGACAUAAGGGAUGAUGAGAUUGUUUGCAUGUUGAGUGAAGGGGAUUUGGAUGGAGAUGGUGCUUUGAACCAGGUUGAGUUUUGUAUUCUCAUGUUUAAGUUGAGUCCUGGGCUCAUGCAUAAUGGAUCAAAACAAUGGAUGGAAGAAUAUGAUGUUAUAUGAACAUAAUUGUAAACUCAUCAUUAUCAUCUUUGUUGUUUUAAUUAUUUGUUUCUAAGCUUCAAAUAUUUAAGUUAAUUUCUAGAAUUGCAAUUGAAUGGAAUUAAAAGAAUGUCCUGAAGAAGAAAGAAAUAAUAAGAAAUAAAAUUAAGAUCUUUAAUUCCACUCAAUUUUUGCUCCAAAUUCUAAUUUUAUAUUAAUUACUUCAUUUACUACUCAAAA